CCUCCUUGCUCUGCACGAAUAAUUUAAAAAAUAGUGUAUAUCGUCUGAAAAAGUGUACACACUGUAGUCCCUCCACUCCCCCCAGAUAGUUUCUCCCUCGCUCUUUUCUUAUAGAAUGGCACCCGAAACAUUAGAUACACCAUCCUCUGAAGGCAUUUGGGUCUUUGGUUAUGGUUCUUUAAUUUGGAAACCUCCCAUUCAUUACGAGUCCAAACAAAUUGGUUACAUUAAAAACUAUGUCAGACGCUUUUGGCAGCAUAGUGAGGACCAUCGAGGCACACCUGAAAAACCUGGUCGAGUGGUGACAUUGAUUCCUUUUGACGAAUGGAAAAAUAUUGAGAGUAUUGAAGGACAUGAUAAGGUCACUUGGGGUGUUGCUUUUAAGAUUCCAACGGAUGAUGUAGAGGCCACGCGUGCUUAUUUAGAUCAUCGAGAGAAAAAUGGGUAUACGGUGCAUACGGUGGAUGUGUAUAGUUUAGAAGAUGAUGAAACACCUGCUGUGAAAAAUGCUUUGGUGUAUAUUGCAACGACGGAUAAUGAAGCGUAUGUAGGACCUGCACCCGCUGAAGCGAUUGCGAAACAAAUUCAUGAGACGUACGGACCCAGUGGAUGGAACGCCGAGUAUCUUUUAAAUUUGGCAGAGGCUUUACGCGAGAUCAGUCCCGGUGUACGAGACGAUCAUGUAUUUGAAUUGGAACGACUUGUCAAAGCACGUAUAGGAUAGAUAAUAUAUAUAUUGUUUUUUAUUAUUUGAUUUUAAGGAUGAAU